AUGGCGGAGCUGGCGAUCGGGCAGCACUGCGGCGUGGAGCACUGCGGCCAGCUGGAUUUUCUGCCCUUUGUAUGUGAUGGCUGUUCAGGAGUUUUUUGCCUUCAACAUAGAAGCCGGGAUUCUCAUGGCUGUUCUGAGGUGAAUAUAAGAAGCGAGAGCAUGAAAUUGGACGAACAUCGAUCUUACCCAUGCACGUAUAAGGGCUGCAAUGGAAAAGAGCUUUUACCAGUUUUAUGCCCCCACUGCAAGAAACAGUUUUGCUUAAGACACCGUCAUCAGUCAGACCAUGAGUGUGAGAAACUGGAUACCCCUAAACCUCGCAUGGCUGCUACUCAGAAGCUAGUUAAAGAUAUUAUAGAUUCUAAAAAAGAGGAGGCAGUAAGAAGCAAAAGACGGAAAGGAGCAAAAAACAGUGAAACAGCAGCAAAGGUGGCACUAAUGAAACUGAAAAUGCACGCGUGUGGGGAUAAGUCCUUGCCACAGACAGAAAGAAUUUACUUUCAAGUGUUUUUACCUAAGGGAAGCAAGGAGAAGAGCAAAUCCAUGUUCUUUUGCAGUAAGUGGAGUAUUGGCAAAGUAGUAGAUUUUGCAGCUUGCUUAGCAGACCUUAAAAAUGACAACAACAAAUCAACAGCCAAGAAAUUAAGGCUGUGUCAUACUGUAUCUGGAGAAGCUUUGCCAUUGGACCACACAUUGGCUACUUGGCUAUCCAAUCAAGAGUGUCCAUUAUAUAAUGGUGGAAACAUUAUUCUGGAAUACCUUGAUAAUGAAGAUCAGUUUAUAGAAGAUACAAAUUCAUAUUUAGAGUAGCUAAUUGGUGA